GUUCCAUCAGCGUUUAGAUCAAGCGUUCGAGAGUUCAGAGUUAACGUUCAGCAUCCAGUCGUUCAAGAUGUGGCGCCUUCAGCUAUUCCUUUUGUUGUCCACCUGCUUCCUCAUACCCCACGAGGCGAAGCCAACGAAGCGUUCGCCCAUCGGCUCCUCCACCCCUACAUCAUCCUUCAUCAGCACACUUGCCUCAACUUCAACCGCAUCCACCUCGAACUCAAUGACAACGUCGACUUCCACACCUGAUGUGGUGGACAGCAGCACAGCAGCCGCCACAGUGGCCCAAGUGGUGCGGCGUGUGACGAACAUUGGACGUCUGGCCGCCAAGGAUCUGGCCGACCUGCUGCUGGCCAGCAUGCAGGCGCGUGGCAUUAAGCUAACACCCUUCCAGGAGACCACGAUGAAGUCCUUGCGCAGCAACGAGUCCAAGGAGACCCAGAGCGAGGCGGACCAGCUGCAUGUGGGCAUGGACGUGAUCAUCGACAUUCUGAUUGGUGCCCAGUCGGAGGCAACCUGUGGCCACAUCAUCCGCGACAUUGAGAAGUCGCAGGACAAGAAUAGUCUGACCCUGACACUCAAGUCCUUCCUGGCCCUGUGCUCCUUCAACGGCAUCGAGUGCACUGAGAACGAGGUGGCGCAGAUAAUCAAGAGCAGCAGCGUCCAACAGAAGCGACAGGAGAAGGCCCUGGAGCAGGAGGAUUUUGAGAUGGCAGAGGGCACAGGUGCUCGACUCACACGGCGCGUCGGACACCCCCUUGCCGCGACUAAAGGCGAGCGCGAAACGGUCUUGUCCUUCCUACAGGCGAGGAAUGUAACCCAGCUGACAGCGAUUCUCAAUACCCUGCUGCAAGUGUGCGGUGCCUCGGGUAGCGAGGCUCACAACAUCAUCCAAAAUCUGCACGAAAUGGGUCCCGAUGGCAUGAGCCUGCUCCAGGUGAAUGCCUUCAGCAUGCUGAUCGUCUCCCUGCUGGACAGCCUCACGACCAUUUCGCAGGGUCACAGGAGCGGCUUUUGUGCCGCCACUCCCGACAGCUGGGCGGUGCGCCUCCUCGAGAUGGGUGUGGCCAAGGUGGUGCUGCUCGGCCUGAUGACGGCCCUCGAUCGCUCCAUUGUGAGUCCCCCCAGCAACAGCAAUGUGGAGGCGCUCAACAGCCUCAACGGCGGUGGUUCCCUGCAGGAUGUCAAGAGCUUGAUGAGCGAAAAGUCGGUGGCUACCGCAAAGCGUGCUAUACCCACAGUUGGCAACGUUAAUCAGCAGGCGGGCACUGUCAUCAAUGGCACAAACAACUUCCAGGGUAGUCUGGUUAAGGCCAACGCUCCCAUUGGUGCAGCGAUUCCGAUUCUUAGCGAUGUAUCCGGCGGCAGUUUAGGCAACGUGAAUCAACAGGGUCCAACUGCUUCCAUUACGGGCUCCGACAACACAGUGGCCAAUGCUGUGGAGGUCAAUGCUGUUGUCCAGGCGGCCCUUGCUGUUCUCAGCUCCCUUACCGGACAGGCUGCGGGUGCUACAUCCGGAAGUGGCUCUUCAACAGGCUUGCUUGGCACCGCCACUGGCACGGGUUCGAGUGGUUCCACGACAUCCACUGGCUCCACCACUUCUGGCAGCCCCUCUGGACUAAUCGUUGGAAAUACAAAUCAACAGGGACCGGACACUGUCAUUGAGGGUGAUGGCAAUAGCAAGACAAGUCUCGUCAGUGCCAAUGCUGUCGUUGGGGCCGUGGCUCCAGUUCUCACCCAAGUAUCUGGUGGCGCCAUUACCAACCAAAAUCUACAGGGUCCACGUACAGUCAUUAAGGGCAAAAACAAUACAGUGUCCACCCUGGUGGAUGCCGACAUUGUGCUCGGCUUGGCCGUUUCUCUGCUGAACUCCAUUACCGGUCAGAACUCAACCGGAAGUGGUUCUUCCACUGGCUCCACGGGCACUGGUUCGACUGGCUCUACAGGCUCUACAGGCUCCACAGGAUCCACAGGCUCCACAGGAUCCACAGGCUCUACAGGCUCCACUGGCAGCUCUACGAGUGGUUCGUCUGGCACUGCCACCAAAAGCGGAUUGAUUGGCAACCAAAUUACUUCAUCGGGAGACUCGAUAACUGGCAACAACAAUCUGCUGGGUGGUCUGGUGAAUGUGGUAGCUCCGAUCGGAGCCAAUGUGCUUGCCCUCAACAAGAUCACGGGCGCAGGCGGCAGCUCUUCCUCCGGCUCCGGACUCAUUGGCAACCAAAUCGAUUCGAGUGGCAGCACUGUCAAGGGUAACGAUAAUGUCGUCUCGAAGCUGGUCAAUGUCGCUCUGCCGAUCGGAGCCAAUGUGCUUGCCCUCAACAGCAUCACGGGCGGCGGCAGCGGCUCCUCUGGCGGUGGUCUACUGGCGGGCAACUUCCUGACUCAAAGCGGGGACACUGUCACCGGCGACAACAACAAGCUCAUCAAUGUCGUGGAUGUCAGUGGCAACGUGCUGGCCAGCCUCUUGGCCCUGAACAGCAUUGAUGGCUCCGGCUCUGGUUCCGGCUCAGGCGUUGGCGUUGGCAAUUCAGUGAAGAGUGGACCCGGACAGAUCAUUGUGGGCAACAACAAUGAAAUCCUGAAGCUGAUCGACGUGGAACCCAACAUCCUGGCCAAUGUGGCAGCCUUGAAUAUCAUCAAGGGCAGCGGUGCCGCCUGCGUGGGCAACAGCGUCAGCCGUGGACCCAACACAGAGAUUGUAGGCGAUAACAAUCGCAUUUUCAAGCUGGUGAAUGUGAAUGCCAAUGUGCUGGCCGAUGUGGGUGUGCUGAACCAACUGAUUGGCAACGUGGCCAACGACUGCAGCAUCGAUAUAGUCACAACGGAGCCACCAACGGAGCCACCGACGGAGCCACCAACACAGCCACCGACUGAUCCUCCAACACAGCCACCGACUGAGCCACCAACGCAGCCACCAACACAGCCACCCACUUAUGGGCCACCCACCAACGAGCCACCCACCAAUGAGCCACCCACAAAUGAACCGCCCACCAAUAAGCCACCCACCGUUCGGCCACCCACCGUCCGUCCGCCCUCGCCCAAUCCCAACAAUUGCUAUCGGCGCUACUGCCGCAAGUGGCGCACGCGCCCCAGCUACCUCUGCUACAAGAACUGCGGCGGCCCCCUCACCUACAAGCCCUAGGCUGCAGCCACAUGAGUACCACUUGUUAUUCGUGGCACUGCCAGCCACCGUGCCACUGGGCAUCUACUUGAUUUGUCUACUCUCUAAGCAAAACGUUGUUUAAUUUAUUUCAAAAAUACACUCAAAAUAUUGAAUCAUAA